UCGGGGCUCGGACUCGAUAGCUGGAAAAGGUACUGUGUAGCCAACCGGACGCCCGUGUCUGGAUGACGCGGUCCGGUGUCCAGUCCGGACUGCCCUAAUCGAGGAAAAUUCACAUUUUCUUUUGUCGGGGGUCUUACCAGACGGGCUCUGAAGGGCCUGAAUGCUUUGGUUCAGUGCUGGACCGUUGGACAGUGUUUGGGGGACUGGAAUUGGAAAUCGGAGCGAGCGGACGGAUUGCUUUUUCGAAUCUUCCCGCCCGUCGACGACUUCCCCAUUUGCCACGUUUGCGCCUUGGCGCGCAUCUGUAGGACGAUAUCGUCACAGAGGAGGUGGCCCCGGCCGCUUGAGAGGGAGCCAGAGGAGGUCGCCAUGGCCGCUUGAGAGGGAGCCAGAGGAGGUCGCCAUGGCCGCUUGAGAGGGAGCCAGAGGAGGUCGCCAUCGCCUCCGACAAGAAGCCAGCCGCCAGCAAGGUGUGGGCGGAGCUGCUUAUUAUGCAACUGGUUCGUCAUUCUCAAAAGAUUUGAAAAGACGUGAAAUUGAAAAGACGCGAAGUCAUCUAACUACAUCUAUCUGACGUAAAACGGACAGACACAACGCACCUGGCGUUGGGCAUGCAGGUGGAUUCGACUUGCGGUAUCUUGCUGACACCUUGAUCGGUGAGGUGGUUUCAGUUUUGAGCGGAAGGCCACGGACAGACGAAAUGGAGCGAACGGCGGAUCAGGAAAUUUGCUUUGAGAGGAAGCCAGAGGGGGAGUAAAAUAGUGCGUAGCAGGUGCUAUUUUUCGGUGAUCAGCUAUAUUUGGGAAUAGGUGUUUGUACCGAAGGAACGUGAUGUCUAGCCCUUUUUCCCUUAUUUUUCUUUCCUCUUCUUCUUCUCCUCUUUUCUCCCGGCUGUUCUUCCUGAAGAUGUGGUGAGUACGGUGUUCUUCUGUGGAGCCAACGUUUUGCUCCUUUUUUCCUUUUUGGUUUUCUUAAGUGGUGUUCAGUCCGGUAUUCUCCUGUGGAGGCAACAUUCUGUGUGUCUUUUUUUUUUGGAUUUUUAACUAGUGUUCUGUUGCUGAAGGGACGUGUUUUGCUUGUGCAUUGACAUAGUUUUUUUUUUUUUUUUUUCUGAUGAUGGCCUUUUUUUUUUUUUUUUCUGAUGAUGGCCGGGUGAGGGGUCAUAGUGGCUUUUUGCAUUGCUGCUGGCCCUGCUAACAAUCUGACAGGACCGUUACCUUUUUUUUUUUUUUUACGUUUUUCUUCUUUUUUUGGAUAAUCGUUCCUUGCAGACCGGCCAAAGAAAAAAUCAAUGGUGGUCAGGAGGUGAGCCCUCAGAGAGGUAUCGGUGGAACCGGCAAGCCGCAGAAGGUGGUGGUGGCAAGGUGUCUUGCCUGGCGAUGGCCGGCUGCGAGAAUGGCUCUGCGGCUGCGGCCGCCGCCGGUUCUGAACCCGGACUAAUGGGAACCUUGGCUGCAGGAGGAGAUGCACGUGCCGUUGCUUCUACGGGUGCUGUUGUUGGAUCUGGUAGUCCUCAGCCCUCCAUGGAAAUGGUUGGCGGCAGUACAGGUCCCUCUGUUCCUACUGCUGCUGUGGAACCUGUUGCAUUUCUCCCUACUGACCGUGUCAAUCUGACGAUCAAUUCUUAUCCUGAAACAGCGUCUGUCAACAGCCGGGGGGUGCCGCCCCUUUCGCUCCGCAGCUGCUCUGUUGCUGCUCCUGCUGCUGAGAAUGCUGGAUGCACCACCAGUGGCUAUGUGGGGACUGCCACUGGAGCUGAAAGGCCUGCAGUUGUGGUUCCUGCCGCUGGGUCUGUGGGUGGUGAUCUUCCCUUGGGUGUUUUUACGACUUCCAUGGAUGUAGAACCUUCCUCCACAGCCAUGGCUGUGGAUGACUCUACUUUGUCAACUCCACUCAAAGCUGUAGCUGCCGCAGCCCGUCUAAGCACUGAUCCUGCCAGUUCCCCUGCACCGACCAGCGUGAGCGCAGCUACCGCAGCUGACACCGCUGGUCCAGGCGCGGAUGGUGUGGACCCUGCUGCCUCCCCACCUGCCAGCGGACCUUCUCUACUGGAUGUUGUGGCCCUUGCCGCGCCGUCACUCGCAAACGUCGCCGUGGUGCCUGGGCCUCGAAGCACAGGUGAUUUGGCUGGAGCUUGCACGACACCUUCGCACACGCGCGAUGCAGCUGGCUCUGUUGCUCUGAUUUCGGAUCCUCAGGCGGCCUCUGCAGCCCGGAGUGCUGCACAUGCUUUGGCUGCAUCUGCGCCUCCACCUGUAGCAGAUACUGUGGUUGCGGUUGCUUCCAUUGUGGCUGCUGCUGCUGCUGCUGCUGCUGCGGUCCCCAUGCAAGCGGAUGGAGACGUGGCUGCUUCCGCUCCGCCUCCAGUCACAGAUGCGGAGGUGAAGGUCGACAAGCAUGACGAGUCGAGAGCGAAACGGAGGAAGUCGAACAAUGGGUUGCCGUUGACACCAGAGAAUGAGAUUGUGUACCUGGACGACAGUGAAGAUGAGAGUCAGCAUGAUAGUGAUGACGAGGUGGUGUUUGUGGAGGCAUGUGUGAGGAGGAAGGGGCACAAGGAGACCAGAAGGGGGGUUCCUGGAAAGAGAGGAGGGAGGUACUCCCCUCGUGCAAACUCGCCACGGAAUGCGGCGAACCUGGAGAAGGAGAACAUGGAACGAGGUGGAACAGAGGGUGGGAGGUCGGGGGGUACGGAGGCGGGGAGAAGUGGUGCAGAGCAGGGUGGUGAAAGUGAGGGAGGACGAUCUGGUUUGAGGACGAACUCAGGAAAGAAGUCAGGAGAAAGGGAAGAAAAGCAUAAUGUCAAAGAUGGCAAGGACACAAAUGGGAGCGUAAGCAGCAGGUCGGUCAGCAGCUGCGAUGAAAGGCGGGGUCAACGGAGCCGGGGUAAAGAUGUUUCGGGAGGGGGAUUGGAUGGAGGAGGGAAGAGGAAGCGGUCUGGUGGGAAGGGAAGGCAGGGGCAGUCCCGAUCGAGUUCAGGAGAGUCACAUCAAGACAGCGAAGCGGUGGAGAAUGUUGGUUACGCUGGCACGGGAUCUGGGUUGACGGCACAAUCGAAAGGCGGAGUGAAGAGGCGGAACGGGGCUGUAAAGCAGAUGGGCAGGGAUGGCGUGGUCGCUGUGUCGAUGGGGUUCCCUGUCGACUCCUUGAUGGAAGAGGAGAUAGAAGCGGGCAUGAUCUCUACACUUCACGACUCUGAGCAGUUGGCGUAUAUUUCUGUAAGGAACCACAUACUCGCAAGGUGGAGGGAUGAUGUGACCAGGUUUCUGACAGAGGAUGAAGUCUUGAAAACCUUGCCUGCUCAGCACCAUAGCCUCGUCCCUGCCACUUACAAGUUCCUGCGGAUGAAAGGGUACAUCAACUUUGGUGUUGCGCAGGCACUCAAUCAGAGACCCGUACCUCCGCUCGGUAUCAAGAAGUCGGUGGUGGUUUUGGGAGCCGGCUUAGCAGGGCUGGCUGCUGCGAGACAGCUCCUUUCGUUUGGUCUGCAAGUGGUGGUUGUUGAAGCGAGGCAACGGCCGGGUGGGCGUGUGUACACGAAGAGAGUCGAAGGCUCAGGGCGAGUGGCCAUGGCGGAUCUGGGUGGGAGCGUCCUCACAGGAAUUCAGGGAAAUCCUCUGGGCGUCCUUGCACGGCAGCUGGGGUUUGACCUGCACAAGAUACGAGACAAUUGCCCUCUGUUUCAGCCGGACGGCCGUCCAGUGGAUGAAGAGCUCGAUGUCAAAGUGGAGAACCAGUUUAAUCGACUGUUAGAUGUUGCAAACAGAUGGAGGGAGAGGAUGGAAUCUAUGGCAGCGCAGUGUGUGUCCCUCGGGACCACCCUCGAGUUGCUGCGAGACGAUUACAAAAUCGGGAAGACGCCGGAAGAGAAACAGCUCUUCGAGUGGCACCUGGCCAAUCUCGAGUAUGCGAACGCAGGACUCUUGUCAGAGCUUUCGCUGGCCUUUUGGGACCAGGAUGACCCUUAUGAGAUGAGCGGCGACCACUGUUUCGUGCCGGGUGGGAACGUGCGGCUUGUCUCGGCCCUGGCAGAGAGCCUCCCGAUCUUCUACAACAGUGUGGUGCAGAAUGUGAAGUAUGGCAAAGAGGGCGUGAAGGUCACCUGUCGGCCGGUGGGCGGAGAUGAGCCACGGGUGUUUGAGGGCGACAUGGUACUGUGCACUAUACCCCUUGGUGUACUGAAGAAGCGUUCCAUCAAGUUCGAUCCAGAACUCCCUCAGCGAAAGCUGGAGGCCAUUAACAAACUGGGUUUUGGACUGCUCAACAAAGUGGUCAUGUUGUUCCCUUACACCUUUUGGGAUGAAGAUCUGGACACAUUUGGUCAUCUGGUUGAGGACCCGGAUCAGCGCGGGGAGUUCUUUCUCUUCUACAGCUAUGCACCUGUCUCAGGAGGAAGCCUCCUCCUCGCCCUGGUGGCGGGUGCGGCGGCCGUCCGUUUUGAGCAAAUGCCUGCUCAAGAGUCCGUCACCCGCCUGAUGGAAGUUCUUAGGAAGAUAUUCGGGCCGAAAGGCAUAAAGGUGCCUUAUCCGCUGCAAACGGUUUGCACCCGAUGGGGAAGCGAUCCGCUUUGUCUGGGUUCCUAUUCGCAUGUGGCCGUUGGUGCGUCUGGGGAGGAUUACGACAUCUUGGCGGAGAGCGUGGAUGACUGCUUGUUCUUUGCUGGCGAGGCGACGAUACGGCGGUAUCCUGCUACCAUGCAUGGCGCUUUCCUCAGCGGUCUGCGUGAGGCGGGAAACAUAGCGAACACCGCCUUCGCAUCUUCAGCGCCGGCUGAAGCAGAAGAGCGAGUCCCUUCCGAUGUCCAGUCGUUUGCAUCGACGCUCUGUGAUCUGUUUGAGCAACCGGAUGUGGAGUUUGGAUGCUUUGGAGUGAUAUUCGAUCCGCGCAGUAUGGCAGCCGACUCCAGUGCACUUAUUCGUGUGGUGGUUAGAGGAGGAGAUCCUAUGAAAGGUGUGAACGGCGGAGGGGGAGCUGCGAAUGCGCAGGAAGAGCAGUUGCUACAGCUGCACUUGUAUUCUGUGAUUCUCAGGUGGCAAGCGAUAGAGCUGAGAGAAGUCAAAGGUGGAGAUAAUGUCAGACUCCAUAUACUGACAGAGAGGUAUGGAGUGAAACUGGUGGGGAGGAGAGGGCUUGGCCCGACCGGCGACGCUUUGGUGGCAGCCGUUCGGACUGCAAGAGCCACAAGGGCGGCUCGCAAGGCAGUUAUAGCUGCAACAGCUGGACUUGGAGGGGGUGCGGGUCUUGCAUCCACAGGAGGAUCGGGGAAGGGGUCGUUUUCAAGCAGAGGUCCCUUUGAUGCCCCAGGGUCCUUGUCGUUAGUGACCGCUGCGUGACGACCCCUUUGUGAUGGCUAUGGCCCUACUGGUUGGCGGCAGUCCGGAGUUCAUGUGCCCUCUGUAAUUGUAUUACAUGCUGAUAAGAGAAUGGGUUUGUCCUCGAGAGAUUACGGUUGGCUAAUGCGAAAGUCGCAUGGUAUAGACAUCGACCACAAUGGGCGUGCAGGGCGGAGGUGUGUAGAAGAAAGAUCCGGUCCACAUGUCAUGAAUCAAUCGACUGCCAUUGA